AGGAAAGGUUCGCGUCAAUAGCAGCUAAGUUAGGUUUACUGCUGUAUGAGGGGGGCGAAUAUUUUCGAGUGUAUCGGGAGGUUGGGGAAAGAAAGUAUUUUUCCAUAAAAAACUAUUGAAAAGAGAAAGGGGGGAAUUUAGUUUUUCUUGAGGAUACAAACCCAUAUUAUUCACACAACGUGUGUUUGGGGUGAAUAUUUGCAGGGUGGUGAAAAGCAAGACGGGUUUUCAGACAUGCUGUAGAGCUGGUCAGUGGACUGGCCGGCCGCUCCUCAGCGCUGAUAACUGACCAGCCGACGUUAUUCGUUGGUUUUCAGUUAUCGUGAGCUUCUCAAAACGGGGGGCAGCUGGCGGAGUGGCCUAACUACGGCCGGCUCUGUUAAACGCGUCGCGCCCCCCUCCAGUUCCCGGAGGCUGCCUUGUGGGUGGUAGUGUGUUUAUGUCCCUGGUUUGUUUCGUGUUAGUCUGAGAGGUGGCCGCGGAAACCGGACCUGAAUCACAACCCGAACUGAGCCGUUUCCUUGCGAGCCUUGCUUUCCCAGGUACCCGCAGUGACGCCUCCCAUCCUCUUUCUGGCCUGCCUCUGUUCCUAUAGUUACUAGUGUGCAAACGGCAAGAAUUUGCUGGACUGGAUAUUGAGGAGUGUGUCCACUCCAGUCCGACUGGCUCCCCUCUGAGUGUGCCUGUGCCUUGUCUAUACCCGGGGAAGGAGGAGGUGCACACCUGAACCCUGGACAUGUCCUCCAUCCUGCCUUUCACCCCACCUGUGGUGAAGCGACUUCUGGGCUGGAAGAAGUCAGCGGGUGGCUCGGGUGGGGGAGCUGGUGGCGGCAGCGGGGGGGGCGAACAGAAUGGCCAGGAGGAGAAGUGGUGUGAGAAGGCGGUGAAGAGCCUAGUGAAGAAGCUGAAGAAGACGGGCCAGCUGGACGAGCUGGAGAAAGCCAUCACCACGCAGAACAGCAACACCAAGUGUGUCACCAUCCCCAGCAAUUGCUCUGAAAUAUGGGGACUGAGUGCACCAAAUACAAUAGAGCAGUGGGAUGCAUCAGGCCUUUUCUGCUACACUGACCAGACCAGGUCUCUGGACGGCCGGCUGCAGGUGUCCCACCGUAAGGGCCUCCCCCAUGUCAUCUACUGCCGCCUGUGGCGCUGGCCCGACCUGCACAGCCACCACGAGCUGCGUGCCGUCGAGGCCUGUCAGUACGCCUUCAACCUCAAGAAGGACGAGGUCUGCGUCAAUCCCUACCACUACCAGCGGGUGGAGACACCAGUGCUCCCGCCGGUCCUGGUGCCGAGGCACACAGAGAUCCUGACGGAGCUACCUCCACUGGACGACUACACUCACUCUAUACCAGAGAACACAAACUUCCCUGCUGGGAUAGAGCCUCCCAACAACUACAUACCAGAAACUCCACCCCCCGGAUACAUCAGUGAGGAUGGGGAGACCAGUGACCAGCAGAUGAACCAAAGCAUGGAGACGGGUUCCCCGGCCGAGCUGUCACCGAGCACGCUUUCGCCUGUCAAUCACGGCAUGGACCUCCAGCCGGUGACGUACUCAGAGCCAGCGUUCUGGUGUUCCAUCGCCUACUACGAGCUGAACCAGCGCGUGGGCGAGACCUUCCACGCCUCGCAGCCGUCGCUGACGGUGGACGGCUUCACGGACCCCUCCAACUCGGAGCGCUUCUGCCUGGGCCUGCUGUCCAACGUCAACCGCAACGCCACGGUGGAGAUGACGCGCAGACACAUAGGCAGGGGAGUCAGACUCUACUACAUUGGCGGAGAGGUGUUUGCCGAGUGCCUGAGCGACAGCGCCAUUUUCGUCCAGAGUCCAAAUUGCAACCAGAGGUACGGCUGGCAUCCAGCGACUGUUUGCAAGAUCCCCCCAGGAUGCAACUUGAAGAUAUUCAACAACCAGGAGUUUGCUGCCCUCCUGGCCCAGUCGGUGAACCAGGGCUUUGAAGCAGUGUACCAGCUCACCAGGAUGUGCACCAUCCGCAUGAGUUUCGUCAAAGGCUGGGGGGCCGAGUACAGGCGACAGACAGUGACCAGCACCCCCUGCUGGAUCGAGCUGCACCUCAACGGACCUUUGCAGUGGCUGGACAAGGUCCUCACUCAGAUGGGCUCCCCUUCUGUCCGCUGUUCCAGUAUGUCAUAACCCCCCUCCAGCCCAGCCCACUCCACCAGGGACGGCAGCCCCCACGAGGAGGCCAGCCUGAAAACGGCAACUUGAAAGAACAAAGACUCGCUACAGCCCCAUGUCUCUCUCUCCCUCCCCCUCUCUCUCUCUCUCACACACUCUCUGGUAUAAAAAGAACAGCACUCACUGUGUUGUCAGCUUUUAUGCACCUUGUUUUCGUUACUCCCCCCUAAAGCUUGUAUAUUAAGUGUUUUAGUGGUAGAACUGAAACAUGUAUCGAUGUAGAACCGUGGCUGGUUGGCAGGACCGGCUUGGGACGGCGCCAGGCGUCCGGGCCUUCUUAGGGUCCAGUUCCUUCCUGCUUUGUGUGGGUGACCUUGUAGUAGCUGAACUCCUGACCUCUCUUUCUGACGGGAAGAACCAGAGCCCAUGUUUUUGAUUUGGUAGUCUUCAUUUUUCCGAGUGGAACCUCAAAUUCUCCACAGUUUUUCCAGUUGUCCACGUAACAGAACGUUAGCUCUUAAACUGGAGGCAUGCAGUUGUUAGCAUGCAGGUUCACUCCCUUAAUCAGACGGGAUAUGAGGCUGCGCAGACCCCUCCCUGUGUGUGGCGCUAUCACCUGACCCUCCCCUGGCUGUCGGGGAGCCUUCCGAAGGGUCACCCCUUAGCUUCCGUUUUCCUUCCUUUCUGUUUUUCCUUUCAGCUACUUUUUGUAUUCUCAUGUAUUUUUAUAUAUAUAUAUAUUUAAAAUCUCUAUAGCUCACUUCCUUUUUAUUAGAAUUUAAUAUUUUUUUAGGCCGCGUCCUAUUUAUUAAGGAACGAAGCUUGAGAAAAGACCCCCUCCCCCAAUGGAUGAAGAGCAAUGGGGUUAUCAGAGGUUCAGCCAAAGUGGCUGGCAGUGUGCACUUGCUCGCAGUGGCGUUUGUAGUCCUCAAGGAGGCGUCUUCCUGUUUGCGAGGCUGUAACCGUGCUGAUUGAGCCAGUCUGCACAGAAUGCCUCCGACCCAAGCCGUUCGUUUUCCUUUGUUCUUGCUGAGGUUCUGUUGCUCUGAUUGUCCCGGGGCGCUUAUGUUAUUGGUUUGAGAACAUUCGGCAGCACACUUGGUGUGUGCGUCUCACUGCGGAGAAGAGAACCCCACACUGAGAGCGCCAUGUGAGAUGGGAAUGCCCCAUCAUCCAGGCCCCUGUGCUGUCCUCGCUGUGACGGUUGCGACUUCUCUCAUCCAUGUACUUGUCAGCUUCUCCCGUCUCCUUCCUUUUAAAUACACACGUGAUUGUACUUCCCAAGUGCAACUAGUGAGUUUGCUUCCCCAAGCAGAGAAGAAAACUGACCUGGCCAGUAUUACAGACGGAGAUCUGGUCACCAAGGCAGGAUGCUCGUCUUGGAGGGUUAGGGUGUGACGAGGGUAGCUAAUAGAACUGAAAGUGGACCAGACACAUGCAUAUAUGUGUAUAUAAUUUUAAUUUUUUUAUCUUUUUGGCAAAGCAUUUAACUGUUAGAGGCCUGUUUUACCGGCUGGGGAGGGACUGGUAGAACAUGUGACCUUUGGAUAAUAAGCUUUUCAGGUGUGUUGCAUAUGCAGACUUCAUAAGUUCACUAAUAAAGGAUCUAAUUCUCAUCA